GCGGCGAGAGCGGGUAUGUGGGCGGGAGGCCGGGGCAGCUGUCAGGCUAAAGUCGGGAGAGCGACGCGCGGCGGGGCGGCGGGAGGAAACGCGGCGCUGGGCCGGGCCCUGGAGAUGGUCCGCGGCGCCGCGGGCUGGUGUUGUCUCGUGCUCUGGCUUCCCGCGUGCGUCGCGGCCCACGGCUUCCGUAUCCAUGAUUAUUUGUACUUUCAAGUGCUGAGUCCUGGGGACAUUCGAUACAUCUUCACAGCCACACCUGCCAAGGACUUUGGUGGUAUCUUUCACACAAGGUAUGAGCAGAUUCACCUUGUCCCCGCUGAACCUCCAGAGGCCUGCGGAGAACUCAGCAACGGUUUCUUCAUCCAGGACCAGAUUGCUCUGGUGGAGAGGGGGGGCUGCUCCUUCCUCUCCAAGACUCGGGUGGUCCAGGAGCACGGCGGGCGGGCAGUGAUCAUCUCUGACAACGCGGUUGACAAUGACAGCUUCUACGUGGAGAUGAUUCAGGACAGUACCCAGCGCACAGCUGACAUCCCCGCCCUCUUCCUGCUUGGCCGAGAUGGCUACAUGAUCCGCCGCUCUCUGGAACAGCAUGGGCUGCCAUGGGCCAUCAUUUCCAUCCCAGUCAAUGUCACCAGCAUCCCCACCUUUGAGCUGCUGCAACCACCCUGGACCUUCUGGUAGAAGAGUUUGUCCCACAUUCCAGCCAUAAGUGACUGAGCUGGGAAGGGGAAACCCAGGAAUUUUGCUAUUUGGAAUUUGGGGAGAGCAUCUGGGGACAAGUGGAGCCAGGUAGAGGAAAAGAGUUUGGGCAUUGGUAGGCUGAAAGGGAAGCCACACCACUGGCCUUACCUUCCCCAGGGUCCCCAAGGGUGUCUCAUGCUGCAAGAAGGGGCAAAAGACAGGCCCCAGGGCUUCUGGCUAAAACCUGAAACAAAAGGAGCUGAAGGUAGGCAGCCUGAGAGCCAUCUGUGACCUGUCACACUCACCUGGCUCCAGCCUCCCCUACCCAGGGUCUCUGCACAGUGACCUUCACAGUUGUUGGAGUGGUUUAAAGAGCUAGUGUUUGGCAACUCAAUAAACCCUCACUGACUUUUUAGCAAUAAAGCUUCUCAUCAGGGUUGCAA